AUCCAAAUCCGCUUUUGAUUGAGGAUUAAUUGAAACGCCAAAUUGGAGGAAAGCCUGAAAAACUAGAGCCUUCCCUAACUCCAUUUCCCCAUUCGUGGGGUUUCAUCCCUUCGUUCUCAAAUUAGGGUUUCUCCAAUAUCACACUCUGAACAAAAUAACUAGCCCCCAGCCCAUGAAUUAAGGAUUUUUAUUAAUCUCCCUCUCCCCUCUCUCUCUCUCUCUCUCUGCGAAAACCCUAAACCAAAACUCCCGAAACGAAGCUUCUAGAAAUUGGUAGUCAACAAUGGCGGAGCACUUGGCCUCGAUCUUCGGGACAGAGAAGGACCGCGUGAACUGCCCCUUCUACUUCAAGAUCGGGGCUUGCCGGCACGGUGACCGGUGCUCUCGGCUCCAUAAUCGGCCCACGAUCUCGCCGACGCUCCUCCUCUCCAACAUGUACCAGCGGCCGGACAUGAUUACCCCAGGAGUAGACGCGCAGGGGCAGCCAAUCGACCCGCGAAAGAUCCAAGAACAUUUCGAGGAUUUCUACGAGGAUAUCUUCGAGGAGCUGAGCAAGUUUGGGGAGAUCGAGAGCCUCAACGUUUGCGACAAUCUUGCCGACCACAUGAUUGGAAACGUCUACGUUCAGUUCAAAGAAGAAGAACAAGCCGCAGCGGCCUUGCAAGCUCUCCAGGGCAGAUUCUACUCCGGCCGUCCCAUCAUUGCCGAUUUCUCCCCCGUUACCGAUUUCCGCGAGGCCACCUGCAGGCAGUUCGAGGAGAACAACUGCAAUAGAGGUGGUUACUGUAAUUUCAUGCACGUCAAGGUCAUUGGGAGGGAGUUGAGGAGAAAGCUCUUCGGAAGGUAUCGUGGCUACCGGCCGAGUAGGAGUCGCAGCAGGAGCGCCAGCCCCAGGCAUAGGAGGGACUACGACAGGCGCGACAGGGAUUAUAGAGACCGGGACCGUGAUUAUUUCCGAGGGAACGGAAGGAGUGGGGACAGACACGAUAGGCACGACAGAGAUGGGGGACGGAAGAGACACAGCAGCCCCAAGCGAAGCAGGAGUCCUGCGAGGGAAGGUAGCGAGGAACGCCGGGCCAGGAUUGAGCAAUGGAACAGAGAAAGGGAGGAGAAGCAGUGAACGGUUGUAGAUCAGGUUUUUACAUCCAUAGCUACCAAGCAAUUGGAAGAACAGGAGGCCCCAAAUUAUCGAUGCAGGGUCUUAUUAUCAUUCAUCCAAAUGCAUCCUGGAUUCUUAAGACAUCCAGCUGAUGGGCUGACGAACUCUAAACUGCAUCAUCGUCUAUUCACAUUGGUUCAUGCAUUCUGCAUUCAGCUAUUGGACACCGUCUCCUCUUGUUAUGAUUAUCUGUCCCGAUCCUCCCUCAUUACUUCCUAGCACUUGACAAGACAAGGUGAAAAUUUUCAAUUGGUGAAGUCCUUUUGUGGACAGUGGACAAGAGGUUUGUAGUCCAUGGUGAUGGGCACUUCCCCUGCUAGGCAGGGAGGAAGGUUAAAAUAUGCUCUGUCUUUUUCUUUCCCAACUCCGAGUAUGUCAUUAGUGUUCUCAAUUGUUAUUAACUGCUACAGUUUAAAAACUACAAAUGUGAUACAGAAAUGUACUUAGGUUUUAUAACUUUGGUACAACUGCCAAGCAUGAUUGCACCAAAUUGGCAAGAGGAUAAUGAUUUAUUUGAGGGUUUUUAACUUUGGUAUAGUUGCAUUUUGGUUGAAAGAUUUUGAAGUAAGAUUUUGUAGUAAGUGAGAGGUAUAUCCUCUAAAGUAUUGUUCUAUCUUUAAAGCUUGUCAGUUGCUUUAA